UGCUCCCUCCUCUUCUGGAUCUGUCUGGGUGGGUCUGGGUCUGGGUGGAUCCGGGUGGGCCUAGGCACCACCAUCCCCAGUCAAGGCUCCUGAAGCUGAUGGAAAGGGAAUGGGAAAGGGUAGGCUAAGCUCCUGUCCCUGAGCCAGGGCAGCCGCUGUUGAGGUAAACAUUACUGGCCCAGUUGCCUCCUUCACCUUGCAUCCAGGCCCCCCUGUUCCUCAGUGUGCAUUUUGGUUUGGCUUGGUUUGGUUUGAUUUGGGCAGGAUCCCUUUAGUGAGUAAAGACCUGGAAACCCUGCUUUGCAGGCCCCCAGGCAGGCCCCCCGCCUCCUUCCCUGCAACCUCAGGGCUGUGGGAGCAAAGCAGCCAGAGGUGGCUCUGAUCAGCCGUCCCCUAGGGAAGCUGCUCCAGGCCCCAGCUCUGGGGCUGCUGCAAGUGUGGCCACCACACACCAUUCCCAGCCUUCACCAGGAAGAGGGGCAUGUGGGGCCCUGCACACAGCGUAGAAUGUGCACUCUGGCUGAAUCCCACAGGGUGGCCUCUAGUGGCAGAGGAGUCCCUAGGGACCAGGCCUGGUGCCAGGGGCAGCAGGCAUUUGUCAACAGCAUGAGCAGAUACCCAGGUGGCUCCUUCUGCCAGGCUCUGUUCCUCGUGUGGUGGGUGGUGGCCAUCCUGGGUACUUCUGCUUCCCUUUCUGGAUUCCCACCCCCACUGUAGGCAGAGACAAACCCCAGGGGGUGGCAUGAUCCACACACCCUGAUGUCUGCUGUGGGUAUAGGCCCUGCCAUGUCCCUUCUCAAUGCUGGGCAUUGUCAGGUACUUUAUACCAUCAUCUCAUCUGAAUCUCCCUUAGAUUAAACCUUCUAAACUAUGUAGUAUCAUGCCCAUUUUGCAGAUGAGAAAAUUGAGACUCAGAAAAGUUUGUUGGUCAGUCCAGGAAAGCAGUGGUAGACAUAGGAUUCCAAAGCCCAUGGGCUCUUCCACUGAAAUGAACAUAGGGGAUGAGACAAUUUGGGCUGGGAGGCCAGGAGUCCCAGCCUUUCUAGCCAACAGCUGUUGAAGCUGGGACACUCAUGUCCACUCACCCCCGGCAGCUGCCUCAGCUCGGCCGCCCGCAGCCGCACUCGUUGCUGUUCAUCAAGGGUGCAAGCCAGACAGCACCGUGCAUGUCUCUGUGUGGCAUCCUCUGUCCUCCCCAGGCUCCCUGCAGCCUACCGGAUGUUGAUGGGGCCCAUGAGUCCUUUCCCCACUAUCCUCUUUGGGUGUGACAGGCUUCCCCCAGGUUCCCCACCAGGAGGCUGUGGGGCAGCUGUUUUUCUCUGCUGUUGGUGUCAGAACCCUGUAGGGCCUCCUCCGGUGACCUUUACAUGUACUGUGUGGGGAGUGGAAGGUGACAGAGCAUGAGGUGAGAGGAAGCUGCCGCUCAGGCCUGUGCUGUGGGAAGAGGCUUCAGAGCAGGCGGAGGAAAGGCUGGGACAGGCCUGAGAUCAGGCCUGGCUUCUGACCCGACUCAGAAGAAGCCUCGGCAGACGUAGGAAGUCAGGAGUCAGGCAGCUGCUGACCAGAGGACAGGGGUUUCUAUGGAGACCAGAGGAACAGGAAGCCUCGGGCCUGGGGGCAGGGAGUGCUGGGAGUAUAGAGGCGUGGGUGCCUUAAAGGAGAGCUUGUCAUAAAAUGUCAAAUCAGCCAGUCUGACAACCUCCUUGGACAAACAAGGAAACUGAGACCCAUGAGGGGACUGCUUUGCAACGGUCACACAGCACCAGCCUGCCUUGCUCCCCCUUGUAGUGACCGCAGCUUCAGGCAGCUGAGGACACCUGUGGGCAGCAUGUGGGCCAGAGCGCCAGGGAGCACUGUGUGGGGAGGUGGUGGGCAGGCAACCUCCUCCUCCCAGCCCCUCUUGUCAGCCUGGGUCUGGGGCAGCGGGCAGGGUCACCCCUCACCGCCACCGCAGAGCGCCUGCCACCCCUCCCCCCACUGACUGUGGCCUUUUGUUUUCUGGGUGACACUAGCAUCAGGUGGUGUGUUCGGGUGACUAAUCUCCAGGCUGGGCAGCUGUCACGGGGCAGCCUGACCAGGCGGGUGGGGAAAGCUGACACCCUGGGGGAAUGCUGGCAAGCCUGUGCUCUGGCAGCAGGGGGCAGCUGGGCCUUCGGGCUCCUCUUCCUAGGUGCAGAGUGGACCCCACGUCAGCAGACCUGGGUUCAGGUCCAAGUUCUGCCGCUGACCAGCUGUGUGACCUUAGAGCCUGUUACUGCACCUCAGUUUUCAGUCAAGCCUCAGUUUCCUCUUCUCUGUAAUGGAGCCAUUGAUCUGCUCACCUCAAGGGUGGCAGAAGGGCUCAAACGAGAUGAUAAAGGAAAGCACUUGGCCCAGGGCCUGUCUUAUAGUAGGUGUUCAGUGAAUGGGACCAUUACUGUUCUCACGAUGGCUCCCUUCCCUCCCCCACCCCACCAUAAACCCAAGACACAGGACCCUUCUCUCCGCCACAUCUCUGAGCACAGGCUUUGCCCUCAGGUGGAGGUGAGUUCCAGCACUGGCUCCACACCAACUAGCUGUGCACUUUGGGCAGGUGACCUCCUUGUGCCUCAGUUUCCCAUCAAGACGGGGACAUGAUACAGUAUUCUUUAGGAUGUUGAGGUUUAUAAAAUGGUACAUGUGUUUGUAAAGGGCUUAGUACAGUACCUGAUGCGUGUGGGCACUCAGUAAAAGUUAGCUGUGAAGGUAUUGAUUUUAGGAGGAAGCCAAGAGCUCUCCUGCCCUUCUCCCUGUCACCUGCAAAGGCUGGGGACUGUAAGGCAGAGGCCCAGAGCAGGCAGGCCCAAACACUGCCUUCACCACUCACUGGUCACAGGAGCUCACACACCUUGGCCCCCAUCUGCCUCCUUCUCAGUACCCUCCCUCCCAUCCAGGGCCCCGGCCUGCCUGACCCACAGGGCAGUAGCAAAUCAAGCAUGGGGAUUGCGGGUGGGAGGAGUAGGUGCUGGACUUGCAGCCCAGGCCUGAUUCCUCAAGCCCAUCAUCUCCCACCAUUUAUCCAGGGUUUCAAUCCUCCAGGCCUAACUUCUGUGAGAGGCCCUCUGCAGCAGUAUUUCUCUCUUCAGCCCCAGGCAGAUGUCCCUUGGCCAUGGCUCAGACCUCCUGGUGGCUGCCAGGACCCAAGAGAGUACUUGAUGGCGGGACACAGGUGGCCCUGGGCACUCUGGAGACAUUGCCCCCCAGAAGCGUGCCAGGCUCCCUGCCCUUCCCCCACUAUGAGGAAGAGGAAAGCCAUCACCAAGUCGGGCCUCCAGCACCUGGCACCGCCUCCUCCUGCUCCUGGGGCCCCGUGCAGUGAGCCUGAGCGGCAGAUCCGGAGCACUGUGGACUGGAGCGAGUCGGCAACGUAUGGGGAGCAUAUAUGGUUUGAGACCAACGUGUCGGGGGACUUCUGCUAUGUUGGAGAGCAAUACUGUGUUGCUAAGAUGCUGCAGAAAUCAGUGUCCCGGAGAAAGUGUGCCGCCUGCAAGAUUGUGGUGCACACUCCCUGCAUUGAACAGCUGGAGAAGAUAAAUUUCCGCUGUAAGCCAUCCUUCCGUGAAUCAGGCUCCAGGAAUAUCCGUGAGCCAACCUUUGUGCGGCACCACUGGGUACACAGGCGACGCCAGGAUGGCAAGUGUCGGCACUGUGGGAAGGGCUUCCAGCAGAAGUUCACCUUCCACAGCAAGGAGAUCGUGGCCAUCAGCUGCUCCUGGUGCAAGCAAGCAUACCACAGCAAGGUGUCCUGCUUCAUGCUGCAGCAGAUUGAGGAGCCAUGCUCCCUGGGGGUCCAUGCUGCCGUGGUCAUCCCACCCACCUGGAUCCUCCGUGCCCGCAGGCCCCAGAAUACCCUCAAAGCAAGCAAGAAGAAAAAGAGGGCAUCCUUCAAGAGGAAAUCUAGCAAGAAAGGGCCUGAGGAGGGCCGCUGGAGACCCUUCAUCAUCAGGCCUACCCCAUCCCCCCUUAUGAAGCCCCUGCUGGUGUUUGUGAACCCCAAGAGUGGGGGCAACCAGGGCGCCAAGAUCAUCCAGUCCUUCCUCUGGUAUCUCAAUCCCCGGCAAGUCUUUGACCUGAGCCAGGGAGGACCCAAGGAGGCGCUGGAGAUGUACCGCCGAGUGCACAACCUGCGGAUCCUGGCAUGCGGAGGGGACGGCACAGUCGGCUGGAUCCUCUCCACCCUCGACCAGCUGCGCCUAAAACCACCACCACCUGUCGCCAUCCUGCCUCUGGGCACUGGCAACGACUUGGCCCGCACCCUCAACUGGGGCGGGGGCUACACAGAUGAGCCUGUGUCCAAGAUCCUGUCUCAUGUGGAGGAGGGCAACGUGGUACAGCUGGACCGCUGGGACCUCCGUGCUGAGCCCAACCCUGAGGCGGGGCCUGAGGAGCGAGAUGAGGGCGCCACCGACCGGCUGCCUCUGGAUGUCUUCAACAACUACUUCAGCCUGGGCUUUGAUGCCCACGUCACCCUGGAGUUUCACGAGUCUCGAGAGGCCAACCCAGAGAAAUUCAACAGCCGCUUUCGGAACAAGAUGUUCUAUGCCGGGACAGCCUUCUCCGACUUCCUAAUGGGCAGCUCCAAGGACUUGGCCAAGCACAUCCGUGUGGUGUGUGAUGGGACAGACCUGACCCCCAAAAUUCAGGACCUGAAACCCCAGUGCAUUGUUUUCCUGAACAUCCCCAGGUACUGUGCAGGCACCAUGCCCUGGGGCCACCCUGGGGAGCACCAUGACUUUGAGCCCCAACGGCACGAUGAUGGCUACCUCGAGGUCAUUGGCUUUACCAUGACAUCCCUGGCAGCACUGCAGGUGGGCGGGCACGGAGAGCGGCUGACACAGUGCCGAGAGGUGCUGCUCACCACAUCCAAGGCCAUCCCAGUCCAGGUGGAUGGUGAACCCUGCAAGCUCGCAGCCUCACGCAUUCGUAUCGCCCUACGCAACCAGGCCACUAUGGUGCAGAAGGCAAAGCGGCGGAGUGCCGCCCCACUGCACAGCGACCAGCAGCCGGUGCCGGAGCAGCUGCAGAUCCAGGUGAGCAGGGUCAGCAUGCACGACUACGAGGCCCUGCACUACGAUAAGGAGCAGCUCAAAGAGGCCUCUGUGCCACUGGGCACUGUGGUGGUCCCAGGAGACAGUGACCUGGAGCUGUGCCGCGCCCACAUCGAGAGGCUCCGGCAGGAGCCCGAAGGUGCUGGAGCCAAGUCCCUGACGUGCCAGAAACUGUCCCCCAAGUGGUGCUUCCUGGAUGCUACCACUGCCAGCCGCUUCUACAGAAUCGACCGGGCCCAGGAACACCUCAACUAUGUGACUGAGAUCGCACAGGACGAGAUUUAUAUCCUGGACCCUGAGCUGCUGGGGGCAUCUGCUCGGCCUGACCUCCCAACCCCUACUUCCCCUCUCCCCACCUCGCCCUGCUCACCCACGCCCCGGUCACUGCCAGGGGAUGCUGCGCCCCCUAAAGGUGAAGAGCUGAUUGAGGCCGCCAGGAGGAACGAUUUCUGUAAGCUCCAGGAGCUGCACCGAGCUGGGGGUGACCUCAUGCACCGUGACGAGCGGGACCGCACACUCUUGCACCACGCGGUCAGCACUGGCAGCAAGGAAGUGGUCCGCUACCUGCUGGACCACGCCCCCACAGAGAUCCUUGAUGCUGUGGAGGAAAAGACCCUGAGUUUCCUGCCCUUUCUGAUGGCCCUCGGGAGACAAGAGGGCCCAGAGAACUGGAUGGAGUCCACAGCCAGCCCCUGUUCCCCCAGUGGGGAGACUUGUCUGCACCAGGCGGCAGCCCUGGGCCAGCGCACCAUCUGCCACUACAUUGUGGAGGCCGGGGCCUCGCUCAUGAAGACAGACCAGCAGGGCAACACUCCCCGGCAGCGGGCUGAGAAGGCUCAGGACACCGAACUGGCUGCGUAUCUGGAGAACCGGCAGCACUACCAGAUGAUCCAGAGGGAGGACCAGGAAACGGCUGUGUAGCUGUGAGGCCAACACCAGAGCAGCAGGAAGGAUGAACCGGCCAGAGGAUGAGUCCCUCCUCGCGCACCUCACUGCCACAUUCCAGUCGGACAGCCACGGGGACGGGCAGAGGGGACCCAGGCCCCAGGAAAGGAGCCCUAUGCUGCCCCCUGAGAAGCUGCCAGACCUAGGGCUGGACUCUGAGGAGCUGGGGAGUCUCACCUGUCCCCCUGAGGUCCCAGCCUAACCCAGAGGCCCACAGGGGAACAGGAAACUGGACUGGGCUGGGCAGGCCUUUGCAGGGCUGGGGCUUGGACACUUCAGAACGGCCCUGACCUUCACUGCAGCGGGUGUCCUGGAGCUUAGGAGCUGCAGCCAGGAGGACAGAGGAGCUUGAGGCCCUAUCAGGGAGCCUUCAGGAAGAGGCUUCCUAAGCCUCCUGGUCCUUCAGAACCCCCACUCUGAGGCUCCUGGGAGCUUGGGCCCCCUCUCCUGCCCUGACCCCACCCUCCCCAGGGCUUCCUCCUGGAAACAUGGAGCCUGCUGCGUUUGCCUGCCCGCUGCCCUGCUUAGCACCUACCACGUGACCUCCUCCUGUACCCAAGUCAUUUCACCUCGACUGUGUGGCCUGGGGGUUGGGAUGGGGCUCUCACGGAGACAUGUUUACAGCUGGGUGUGACUCAGUAAAGUGAUUUUUUUUC